UGGAAGACUUCAAUUUUAUUUCUCUUUAUAUCUGAACCGUUUUCUGUCUCGACCAAGGCUCUGAGUUAGAAAACUACCAAUAGGUGCCUGCCUACAUAAACCCACAACAGUAUUGUCUACUAAGCCGGCCAUUCUUUGAACACAUAUCAUAAAUCCAUCAUGGGGACCCCAGCGCCGAUAAAGGAACUACAGAAUGAAGUCGCCAGUAUGAUUCACGGUAUCUUAGGAAAUUGUUCUGGGCUAAAGAUCAAGUUCAUUCGACUUGGCGCCGGCCAGGUCCCUUAUCACCUUUUUUGGGCCAAGGUCGAUCCGCAAGGCCUUAUGUCCCAAGAUAAAAGACUGUGGGAAACAGCCCAAUUGGACAUGAGGGUGCCCGUCAUCACAAUCGACUUCUCCAAAGUCGAUAAAUCUCAGCUUACUCUCGGACGGGACAAUUGGGAUUUGGUCGAGGAAGAGAUGUCGAGGAUCAUCAACAAAUAUACCCAGAUGUUCUUCCAUAGAGCCGAAGAUUAUGAGCGCUGGCGUGGUUUAGAUCCUCGUUUAAUUCUCUUUAGAUUCAAGCCAUUUGACAUCAACAUCGGACCUACAUGCGCCCGAGCAAGCAUUCCCCCACGGUGCUCAGAAAGGUACAGAAGGUUUAUGGGUAUCGACUAUCUACAGGUGCCGACGUACAAGACAAUGUUGGACCUGGAUGAUCCAUAUGAUCCGAACAGAGGGCCCUGGGAGAGGGAAUGGAUCGAUUGGAACGGCGAGAUAGCUGAAAGGGAGGCUCGUGACUCUGGUGGCUCGAGAUCAAGGCAUAGACAUGGUCGAAACGGAGGCCGAUGUAUUAUCUCAUGAGAUGUUUUGACAGGACUGGACGCCAUGGCAGGCAGGGUGGACAUGAUAGGCGGGCUUUGGUAGGACUUAAUUAGCAAGCAAUAUCUGUCUAGGUCCUAGGAAAUAAGGGUUUGCUAUUUAAGGGGCAAUGAAUUAUACAUGCUAGGCAAUCAAUUCGCAAGUCUUCUUAUCUAGGUAUCUUCUCAAGACACUUUAUAAUAUUAAUUCAUUGGAAGGGAUAGGUAGGUAUGUGUUUGUUCCCAGAAUAAUCUCAACCGUAUCGUAACCGCAUUCCAUGUACAUUACUUUAUGUUCAGUGGCCGCUAUUAGAGUUAUCUGCACAGCUAAACGCUGAACCUAUAAGACCAGUUGCGUACGCAUCCUUGAUUGCAAGGAUGGUUGAGUACCUGA